UGUUGCCGGAUGCAAAAUUUGAAUCGAGUCUUCAUCCAACCUCAACCGGCCAGCCAUGGAAAACGAUCAAGGUAUUCUCGUUGACCUUUAUAUUCCUCGUAAAUGCGCUGCGACCAGUCGUCUGAUUGCUGCAAAUGAUCGCUCUUCAAUUCAAAUAUCCGUCGCCGAUGUCGACGCUGAGGGAAAGCUUCUCCCUACUUCGACUUCGUUCGCCAUUUCUGGGCAGGUCCGCGCUAGCGGUGAGAGCGAUGAUGCAAUCAACCGCGUGGCAACAAAAGAAGGGUUACUACAGACUGUUUGGUCGUACCAGAAAUAGAAUCCUAUAGUUUUCCAUCCCGGUUCUGUCAUCUGUUGUGCUCUACGUAUGGCAGACAAAUAAUACUCCACCCUAGAAAUUAGGGUUCGCAUCAACUGCGGAGAGUUCUGAA